UUUCAGCAUGGCCGCCGGCGCUGCUGCUGCUGCUUUAGCGUUCUUGAAUCAGGAGAGCCGAGCCCGGGCUGGCGGCGUGGGAGGCCUGCGCGUCCCGGCUCCCGUCACGAUGGACAGUUUCUUCUUCGGUUGUGAGCUUUCCGGCCACACCCGCUCCUUCACUUUCAAGGUUGAGGAAGAGGAGGAUACGGAACACAUGCUGGCAUUGAACAUGCUCUGCCUUACCGAGGGGGCCAAGGACGAGUGCAAUGUGGUGGAAGUUGUGGCCCGCGAUCGCGACAACCAGGAGAUUGCAGUUCCUGUGGCCAAUCUCAGGUUAUCUUGCCAGCCCAUGCUCAGUCUGGAUGACUUCCAGCUCCAGCCACCCGUAACCUUCCGCCUGAAGUCCGGUUCUGGUCCUGUGCGCAUCACUGGUCGGCAUCGGAUUGUUUGUAUAAACAAUGAUCUCUCUGAAGAAAGUGAGGAUGAGGAGAGUGAAGACGGGGAAGUUAAGCUGUGUGGCAUCCUUCCGGCCAAAAAGCACAGGGCCAGGCCCUAGCCCUCUGUGGUUAGGUUGCUGCUUGCUACAGGUGUCGUGCACCGGAUGCUCCUGGACACGUUUCUAGAAUUGUGAAUGUUUUCUCCUGUUGAAGAGGAGAGUUGGGAGGGGGCAAGUGGGACUAGCUCGGACUGGUGCUCACAGAGCUGGCAUUCUCCAUAGGGCCCUGUGUUUGUUCCUACAGGUUGCCUGAAGCUUCCUUUUUCUAUUGGGGUGGGAUGACCUUUGAACAUCUCUCCUGACCUCUCCUCCAAACCUGCCCAGAUAGAAAGUUGUGAACCCAAAGGUUCAGUUCUCAACACUGCAAAAAAAAAAAAAAAAAAAAAAAAAAAAGUUCAGAACAACAUGUUUUUAACGCUUUUUACAUUUUUAGAUAAAGAUCUAAAUAAAGAGGUGUGUGGUUUUUU